UCGAAAAGACGCUAGCAUUCCGGCUGGGAUGUCAUAAGAAUCAUCGAGAAGUACGGAUUCGAUGGUCUGGAUCUUGAUUGAGAGUUUCCGGUAUGCUGGGCGAUUGUAGCCGCGGUCCUCAGCAGGACAGCGAAAACUUCAUAGGACUUCUCGAAGAUCUCAGCGAGGCGUUCACAUCUCAAGGACUCCUUUUAUCCAUCGCGGCGAGCAAGAUCGUCGUCGACCGGGGCUACACCCGCAUCCCGCUAUUAGCGCGGCACGUGGAUUGGAUCGCCGUUUUGUUCAUUACGCUUUGUCGAGAGGGACGAAUGGGAUGCGGAGCCGCCUUUGGAACCUCUAACAAAAAUGAAGCUGCCAGUAUCAUAUAUAAUUAUUAGUCAUACUGUGACAGCAUUCUGUACCACGCUAUCAGAUUGUGCAUUCCAAGUGAGAUUUGUUCAGUAUACGCAUUUUAA